AGUUCUUUUGGUCCCUGUCUGGCCAGGACAGUGCCCAGCAGCACAAGCCGCCCAUGGGCACUGCCCUCUGCUGUGCGGGUGCCCAUGGGAGGCACUCAGGGCAAGCAGCUGCCUUGCAGGCCCAGUCUGCCCUGAGCCCUGGGGCUGGCUUGGUCAGCUUCCCCUGCCAUUAGCCCCCUCAGUGGGGACACAGGGGGCUCCCCGAGGAGCUCCAGGCUCCAAGUCCCAGCCCCUCUAGGAGGAGGCGGUGGCCAAGACUCAGCAGCCAGAGGCUUCUCAGCUCGGAGCUCCAGAGCCAGAUGUAACAUUGACCUUAAAUGGUAAAAGCUCCCCAGAGUGAAGAGAGGCUGGCCAGAAGAGGAAAGGGGAAUAACUCAGUUUUAGCCUGCGGAGCCCAGGCCUCUUGGAGCAUCUUUGGGGCUGACGCCGCGGAGGUUCCGGGCACACGGGGCCACUCCUGCCAGGAGGCUGCCAUGCCCCACAUUCCCGAGGACGAGGAGCCCCCUGGAGAGCCACAGGCAGCCCAGAGCCCCGCCGGCCAAGGCCCUCACACUGCAGAAAUAUCCUGCAGUCCACCUACCAUCAUCCUGACUGGGGAAGCCAGUUCACCAGAAGGAGAAACUGAUAAAAACCUAAUCAACAGAGCUCACAGUCCCCAUAGGAGGCUUUCUCACCGAAACUUGAAGGUUUCCACUGUUUCGCUGACUUCUGUGGACCCUGCAGGGCACAUUAUUGACCUGGUACAUGACCAGCUGCCAGAUAUCAGCAUCUCAGAGGAGGACAAAAAGAAAAACCUGGCACUGCUGGAAGAAGCCAAGUUGGUGAGUGAACGAUUCCUGACUCGCCGCGGGAGGAAGUCCAAGAGCUGCCCCGGAGACUCCCAGUCAGCUGUUGCCUUGAACCUCAGCCCCGGAGCUUCUCCCGCAUCCUCUCAAAGCAACUCGCUUACUGUUCCCACGCCACCUGGUUUGGAUGCAUGCAGUGGCCCAGAGUCUCCUUUGCUUGGAGCACCACCACAGCAGAAGGGGGAUGAGGCCGAAGUCUCUUCACCUCAUCUUGGCGAGCCUAAGAAUGUCUCCAAAGGGCUAGCUGACCGGAAGCAGAAUGACCAGAGGAAAGUGUCUCAGGGCAGGCUGACUCCUCGUUCUCCUACAACUGAGAAGUCCAAAGAAAUUGCAAUUGAACAAAAGGAAAACUGUGAUCCCCUCCAGUGCUCUGAGGCCACACACAAGGGUUCAGCUUCCAGCAUAGGCAGUGGUGGGAAAAUGGCCUUGAAUAGCCCUCAGCCUGGUCCUGCUGAAAAUGACCUGGGAAAGGUGCUUCUGAAGACGGCCAGGGAGGGCAACCCUCUGCCUAGAGGUCCAGCCCAGGGUUCUGGAGGGGCAGCUCCCCUGGCCCCCCAGGAAAAAGGUACAGCUGGAGAGCCGACAGGGUCAAAGUUUGGCUCCAAAGCUGAGCUGCGGUCCCCUGCUUCUCGGCCACCCCUAUUGAGGGGGGUCUCCUGGGACAGUGGUCCUGAAGAACCUGGCCCCCGGCUGCAGAAAGUGCUUGCCAAGCUGCCUCUGGCAGAGGAAGAGAAGCGUUUUUCGGGCAAAGCUGGCAGCAAGCUGGCCAAGGCACCUGGACUCAAAGACUUUCAGAUACAAGUGCAGCCAGUGAGGAUGCAGAAACUGACUAAGCUCCGAGAGGAGCACAUCCUGAUGAGAAAUCAGAACUUAGUGGGGCUCAAGCUUCCAGACCUUAGCGAAGCAGCUGAGCAGGAAAAAGGGCUCCCUUCUGAACACUCCUCAGGUAUUGAGGAAGAUGAGUCAAAGAGUGGCUUGGAUGUCAUGCCCAAUAUUUCUGACAUGCUGCUGCGCAAACUGCGGGUCCACAGAUCUCUUCCUGGAAGUGCCCCUCCGCUCACUGAAAAGGAAGUUGAGAACGUGUUUGUACAACUGUCCUUGGCCUUUAGAAAUGACAGCUACACUCUGGAAUCUAGAAUUAACCAGGCUGAAAGGGAACGUAACCUGACAGAAGAGAACACAGAGAAGGAACUGGAAAACUUCAAAGCUUCCAUUACGUCCUCAGCUUCACUAUGGCACCACUGUGAGCACCGGGAGACCUACCAGAAACUGCUGGAGGACAUUGCUGUCCUGCACCGCUUGGCUGCCCGCCUCUCCAGCCGAGCUGAGAUGGUGGGGGCCGUCCGCCAGGAAAAGCGUAUGUCAAAGGCAACAGAGGUAAUGAUGCAGUAUGUGGAGAAUCUGAAGAGGACGUAUGAGAAGGACCAUGCAGAGCUCAUGGAGUUUAAAAAACUUGCAAAUCAGAAUUCAAGCCGCAGCUGCGGCCCCUCUGAAGAUGGGGUCCCUCGAACAGCGCGGUCCAUGUCCCUCACACUGGGAAAGAACAUGCCCCGUCGGAGGGUCAGUGUUGCAGUGGUUCCCAAGUUUAAUGCCCUGAACAUGCCUGGCCAAUCUUCCAGCUCAUCACCCAUCCCCUCCUUACCAGCCCUGUCAGAAUCAACCAAUGGGAAAGGCAACCUACCUGCCACCUCAGCACUGCCUGCACUUUUGGAAAAUGGAAAGACAAAUGCAGACCCAGAUUGUGAAGCCUCUGCUCCCAUGCCAACUUUGAGCUGCGUGGAGAUUAGCCAGGAGACCACGGCCAGGAUGGAGGAAGAAGCUUACAACAAGGGAUACCAGGAAGGUCUAAAGAAGACCAAAGAGCUUCAAGACCUGAAGGAAGAGGAAGAAGAACAGAAAGGUGAGAGUCUUGAGGAAGCUGAAGAGGCAGAAGAAACUGAGGAAGAGGAAAAGAACCAAAGAAGCAGCAAACUUGAAGAAUUGGUUCAUUUCUUACAAGUCAUGUAUCCCAAACUGUGUCAGCACUGGCAAGUCAUCUGGAUGAUGGCCACAGUGAUGCUGGUCUUGACUGUUGUGUUGGGACUCUACAGUUCCUAUAACUCUUGUGUGGAGCAGGCUGAUGGGCCCCAUGGGAGAUCAACUUGCUCGGCAGCCCAGAGGGACUCGUGGUGGAGCUCAGGACUCCAGCACGAGCAACCUGCAGAGCAGUAGGAAACCUGACACCCAGUCAGUGCCCUGCUCCAGCACAUAGCUGACUGCUCUUUUCCCAAGCAUAUGUUUCAGGCCAGUUGUGGGCAUGCUGGCACCAGCUUAUCAGGAAAUAAGCAGGGUUCUUUCAUACUCAGCAACUGUGUGGGAGCUAUGCAUACACAGUAACUGAUGUUUUUGGAAGAUCAACAAAACUGCCCUGGGAACACUUCUGGCGGAUGAAGUCACCUUCACCAAGGAACUCUAACAGAAGGGAAAGUCAUCUGCCCCUAGCUCAGAUGGCAGGGGGAAAUAAAACACCUUCACUGCAGAAAACAGUAAGAAGUUCACUCUCCCUCCCCUUUUUCCUCUCUGUAGUCAGAAAUCAAGAAGAAUUAUGCCCAAAGGCUAACUCUGACCUUGAGGAUCAGACCUAGAAUUUGGAGUCAACAUGAAUAUCAUCCCAUUUCCCAUCUCAUUCUCACUGACUCUUCUUCAGCCUCCCUGCCUCCCCUUUGGAACCAGAGUUUCUCUUUACAGAAGUAGGGAAGGUUUCUCAGAAAAAUAUUUAGGCUGAAUUUAGAUCAGUGCUUGAAAUGAAAUGGGAAGAUGUGAGUUAACAUAUAUGCAUCUGUAUGCACACACAGCACACACAUACACACAGCAUGCAUGUGCAUGAAGCCAACAACCCUCCAAACGUGUGCUCUAGGUGUGUGUUCUGGAUAAAACAACCCACAGAUUUUUCACUAGGUGUGGGGCAGUCACCAGGCACCUGUUCAAUGAGCUCUCCACAUUGAUUUAAGAUGUUUGAAGACACUGAAAACUCAUGGCUGCAACAGUGAACUUGCUGGUCGCUAUUUUAAGUGCUAAUUCUAAGCUGUUGUACAACAGUCUAUUCCCUAUUUGUCCUCUACCAUUGAGAACCCACCUCUCAUGUGUGAUUUCAGCCCUCGUGUGCCCACAACCACAUGUGCAGUUGCACCUUAGUGCUUCAGUUCAAAUGGGUUUUCCAACCCAAGUACACAUUUCAGAGCAUUCUAAUUGUUCAGCAUAAAACUGAGGGAGCACAUCCCAUUUCCAAUUUGACUUCUUGCUCCACCUUUACAGCCACUGCCUUCAUUCAUCCCUUAUCAGUUUUGAGGGGUGUUGGUUUCUUGUGGGUUUUAUUGUUCUGCUCUUGUUUUUGUUUUGUUGUUGAUGUUGUUUGUUUUGUUGCUAACACUCAUAUAGAACUUACUAUGAGCCAAACACUGUUCUAUGUAUUAUAUAGGUAUUAAUUCAUUUAAUCCUCAAAAAAAAAAAAAAAAAAGAAAGAAGAAAAGAAAAGAAAAAACAAUGAGGUGGGUACCACCCUCCCCAUUUUCAGAUAAGGAAACUGAAGCACAAAAAAACACAACUAACUUGCCAAGGACAUCCAGUUAGUAAAUUAUGGGCCUGGAACUCAUAUCCAGGCAGACUGGCCCCUGCACAAAAUUGCCUUUUCCAAUGGUCUCCUAACUGCAUGCCUUAUGUUUCACUCCUACUUCCCCAAGUAGCCCUCCAACCACUCCAAACUAUUUCUGGUUCCCAGACUAAACUGUUUUCUCAUAGUUCUGUUCCUCCACUCACUAGUUUUUCUUUUGCCAUUCUUCUCUUUUCUGCUGGUCACCCUUCAGGACCAAGUGCAAAAAUUAUCCCUGAUGCACAGGCUUUGAUGACUUCCCUCCAACUUCCUACCAUACCCCACAUAAUAGGUUACACCCUCCUCUGCUGACACUUUUUAAACAUCUUCAUUAUUUGCUGUUGUGACAGUAUAUCACAAUGACUUAUUUAAGUGUCUGUCUCCCUAUUUUUCCUCAAAGACAAGAACCAUAUCUUACCCAUUCUCUGGGGUAAGUACCUAGCAUGAUGGCUGCUGAUGCAUGGGAGGGUGUUAUUAAAUGUUGAUCAAAAGAACUAGUGAGCAUUCAAGGUUGUGGAGAGUAGCCUGGGGAAGCUGACAUUUUGCAUACCUCCCAGUUCUAGCACCAUCAUUGCCACUAUCUCAGUGAGAAAAAUAACAUCUUUAUUAGCUUCAAUUUAUUCUAAUAUUUUUCAGUCUACUCUGUGAGAGAGCAGAAAUGAGACCUAACUAGCAACACAAUUUCCAAGCUCAAGGACUGGGCUUGAUGCAACCACUCCUUUCAGAAAGACCCACCUAGAUCAGCCCUACUAUAAAACAGCAUGCUGUUGUUGCGGAGGGGGAGGGGGUGGGGAGCAGGGGCGGGGAGGGCAAUGGCAUCCUUUACAGUGACUAAAAAACCACUGUGGGAGAAGCCCAAGCCAGGGUUGACCAAGAAAGUGCCAUUAAGGUAAAGAGGUGUAGAUCAAAGCAGAGGGACUUUGGGGAUUUGGAUGGAUGGUUUUCCCUUUCUAUUCCAGGGGGACUGGACACACUGAAAAAUCUUUUAGGCCCUCAGAGCCACAGACACGAUGCAAAUGGAGCUCCAGAGACAGUAGCUGUGGGGCAGGACUCUAUACUGGCAAUGUCCAGUCUUAGCCUCCCUUAUAGAAGGACCAGGCUGAACUGGCCCAUUGUCCACUUGGCCACAGGGUUCCAACCUUUGUUACCAAUUAAAACAAAGGUCAGGAGAACAGCUACAGUGAGCUCCUGAACCUCCAGCUGCUCCACAGAAAAACCUUCAAGAGUACUUCCAGACAUAGGCCCUCACCCAAAGUGCUCUAUGAGUAAGAGAGGUUGAAGAAAAGAACUGUAAGAGUAACCACAUUUCCAAGGGCAUUCCUGAAAAAGUACUCACUGGCAUUUCUUUUUUGAAAAGCAAAGAUCGAUCUGAAGCAGUUGGAAUGUUUCCAAAGCAGCAAUGAAAUGGAGAGAAAUGGCCCCUGUAUUUCCAAUGGUGAUAUUGAUCUAAAAUAAAAAUUCCCCUCAAAAUGUCUCUGAAGUCUGACAUUUCUGCUUAGCCCUAGGACUCUGGGUGCCUACCUUGAGUUUCAGAGUGAUGUGUUGUUUGUGUCAUUUUUGUUAUCACUUCUUAAAAGGGCCUUCACUUUCUGGCUACCACAAAAUCCUGUGUACAGCCUGGAAGAGUAAAUGGAGAGGGAGAUGCUGGAUUUAUGUAUAACUGACUGUCAGUUCCUAAUGUUAAACCUCACACAGGUGUGCUAGCAUUAAACUACAGAGUGUCACAUACCUGAGUUUGAAAAUAAAAGCACCUUUCCAAACCUUU